UUUCAGUGAAAAUCCAAUAUGCAACAAAUGAGGUGUUUGUACCUUACGUUCUGCCUGAUACUGAACUUGAACGCCACACCAGCUCACGAAGCCAAACCAGUCAAAUCUACUGUCGCUGCCGCAGAGAGCACGAAUUUGAAGGACAACGAUAACUACAAAAACAAAAAUAAUGUUCUGUUAAUCUCGUUCGAUUCAUUUGGCUGGAAAUAUCUGGAUUUAGUUAAGACACCAGUUUUGAACUCUUUCAAGGAUCAAGGAGUAUACGCUGACUAUCUGAUUAAUGUCAUUCCUACAGAAACAUUUCCAAAUCAUAUUUCCCUUGCUACUGGGCUGUAUCCAGAAACACAUGGGAUAAUAGCAAACAAUAUGUACGACCCUGAAUUCAAUGAUACUUUCAAUAUGACUGUAACUGACCCUAAGUGGUGGUGGCAUAAAGGCAUUGAGCCUUUAUGGUACACAAAUGAGCGUCAGGGUGGUACCAGUGGAGUUAUAUGGUGGCCAGGGUAUAAUAUUCAAAAUUAUACCCCAAAAUAUUGGAAUAAAAAUACAAAAAUAUCAUACAAGCAUAAAGUUGAUUUAGCACUAUCCUGGUUAAAGUCAGAAAAACCACCAAAUCUUUUAAUGAUGUACUUUGGUAUGCUUGACCAUGCAGGACAUCACAAUGGCUUUGGUUCACCACAAUCAUUACAAGAAGUCAUUAAUAAUGACAAUAUUACUGGUUACAUCAUCGAGCAGUUGAGACAAAACAAUUUGCUGGAUAAGUGGAAUAUUAUCGUGACUGCUGAUCAUGGAAUGGCAAAUAUUUCAAAGAGCAAAGUAAUCAAUAUCACAAAUUAUCUUAAUACAUCAGAGUGUAUGGUCAAUGGCAAUAAACACAUUAAUUUUGUUUGGCCUAAAGAAGGAAUGAAAGAUAAAGUCUACAAGAAAUUAAAAGCAAACCAUCACCCAAACAUGAAAGUAUGGCUUAAAGAAAAUUUUCCAAAAGAAUUUCACUAUUACAACAACCGUCGUAUAGGACCAAUUUUGCUUACCGCAGAUGAAGGAUGGACUUUCGCUAUCAAUCCCGCAACAUUUCACAUGAAGUUCAAAGGGUCACAUGGUUACCUCAAUACUUUCCCUUUGAUGUGGCCGAUAUUUUUUGCCCGUGGUCCAGCAUUUAAAAAAGGCUACCACUCAAAAGAAGUUUUCAACACAAUUGACCUGUACCCACUGAUGUGCAAACUGCUGAAAAUCAACCCAAACCCAAACAAUGGUUCCUACAGCGCAGUAAAGCCACUUUUAAAUGAUGCAAAUCAAUCAAUGAGUCCAAUCUUAGUUGGGGUAAUGGUGAUGUCAUUGUUCUUUGCAUUUGGCAUCAUGACCUGUGCAACAGCAAUUUGCUUGAGUAAUAGAAAAGUAAACAAAGUUAGAAAAAACCGAGGAUGGAAUAAUAAUAUGGCAAACAGUCAAUUAGAACAGUCUGACAAAUUACUUCUUAAUGAAGAUGGCAAUGAUGAUGAAGAGGAGGAAUUUAUCGCACCAAGAUCUGAUACACUUUAGAGCUAACAAGUUUAUGGUUUUG